GACCCGGACUGUUACAAAUAUGUCGAUCCUUUUACACACCAAGUCCUUGAAAUUGAUGCUCUUCGUAAAAAGUUCUUUGGACUUAUGCUUUUAAAAGACGCAUAUUUUAUUAUAAUCUGUCCAGGAUCAUCUUCAGAAGUAGCAAAAAUUCAAAAGAUUACUUCAUUUCAAAGAUAUCCUUUUAUUGCAGGGGAGCAGGCAAUGUCUCUCGGCAGAGAUCUCAAACUCAACAUGUCGGAUGAAGAACUGUGGCCUGCGAUUCAGAAAGUAUCCAGAGACACUUUAAAUGUACAGACGAUCUACAUCGGGCGAGAGCCGGGAAACUACUAUCACACACAUCUAAUCAAGAGACUAUUGUGCGAACGUGUCCGGUGGGAGAUGCAUGGUAUCAAGGCCAUCCAGCAGGCCCGCAGUGCUGUCGAUCGUCUCCAGCGAAGAAUGAUAAAGUGUCAAGAAAAGAGUCUUACCGUAGGUAAAACGCUUUCACUCUUACAAGCGUUACCAACACCACCCCAAGUCAGUGCAUCUGUCACACCGUCCACAAAUCUGCAUCAAUCACAACUACCAGCACCACCAUCGCGAUGUUCUCCUCAGCAACUGCCUGCAGAAAUCUUGGAUCUCAUUCUCUCAUUUGACACCAGCACCACAAGCCUGGUAAAGGUAGCACGGACCUCCCGUCUAUUCUACAUCACAGUCUGUAGCAUCCUUGUACACCGCCUCCGAAGUCAAAUGAAUACCCUCUGGACUGCCCUACCCCAACAGAAUGGAGAGCCCAUUCUAGACGAAAUGGACGCCAUGAACCCAGCAUUAAAUCGGUGGGAAGAGUCAGAUCAAGGGGUCGGAUUCCGUGAACUUGAGAAAAGAGUCGAGGCCAUCCAGGAGCUUGUAACUGAUGUCAAUUAUUGGACUAAACAAUGGGUGUCCAGAAGAAUCCGAGCACCCGUGAAUAGUAGUAGUCGAACCCCCGUGGCAGUAAAGUCCACAUAAUUUUAUUUUUCUUUUUAAUAUACAUUUAAUAUACGCUAAUAAUUAAUCAUAAUUAUAUUUUAUAUAUAACAGUAACAUCUUCUCCCUCUUUUUUUUUUUAAAAAUAUAUAUAUAUAUUUGUCACU